GUCACGAGACCGCGUCGACCCAACGCCGUGCGGCCGCUGGAGUCGCCAACGACCUGCUCCUGAUUGCUCAGCGGUUCUCUCAAAAGCGUUCGUCGCAGCCCCAAGCCAGAGCUUUCUUGGGCCAGACCCUCCACGAUGUCCCUCAUGUUCCGCUCCUCCCUCCGCUCAGGCCUCUCAUCAAGCCUCCGUACUUCCGCCGCACCAGCAUUCUCAUCCCCGAGACUCGCACUCGCAAGGCGCUUCCUUUCCGACGAUGCGAGGACAAAGAUCCAGUCCGCAGUGCAGUCAACUCCGGUCGUGCUGUUCAUGAAGGGUACGCCAGACGCACCCAUGUGCGGUUUCUCCCGGGCUGCUGUGCAAGUGCUUGGGCUGCACGGCGUGCCCCCGGAGAAGAUUCAGACGUUCAACGUACUGGAGGACCAGGAGCUCAGAACCGGUAUUAAGGAGUUCUCUGACUGGCCAACCAUUCCGCAGUUGUACGUCGAUGGCGAGUUUGUUGGUGGAUGUGAUAUUCUACUCAGCAUGCACCAAUCCGGCGAGCUCGAGGACCUGCUGGAGAAGAAGGGCGUCCUUCCGCCUGUCCCCGAGGAGGCACAGGCUGCGCCGUCCUCAUCGUAGACUGUCAGUCUGUUACCUACAACGCAUUGCUGUAUCAUAGCCACCUCGACUCGCUUUUGAAUUUUAUUCGAUGCUCUCGCCAUGCUGUAUGCUGCCAACAUGCGCAUAUGUACUCGUUGGCCCGAAGCGCCCGGCUGCAUGCGUCAGCGACGUAUAAUUUGCGUAGAUUCAGAAUCGAUGUUUGUGUCAAUG